CUUCGGUUUCAGUUUCCUAUUGUAUUAAAUGACUAUAACAGUUUAUCUCUACGAUAGCAGCAGGCAACAACACAACAGUUCUAACAAUAGGCAUUCAUUCAUCUGACGACCAUUGUUUGGUACAGAAACCUGUCUCACGACUACCUCCAGCUCAGUGUGUCUCUGUUUGUGUGAGAGGUUUUGUCUGUAGGAGGAGCCAGGAGAACAGACGCCUGUCAACGCUACACUGUACACAAGCUGAGCUGAAAGGAAACACUCCCACUGUAUCAUGUACCCUUCAUUUACCUGACAGAGAAAACACGACCAUUAGUUAAUGAGCAUUCAGCAUUUAAAGUUUACGAUGCCGCAUGGCUGCAUCCCUGGUGUUCAGACUACAUGACAGAGGUCCAGAGGUGGUGAGGGAGGUUCUUCUGGAGCGAGGAUGGGAGGAAUACGAUAAGGACGAACGGGAGGUGGAGGACUGGAACCUGUACUGGCGUGGCUCUGCGUUUCGCAGCUCUGAAUAUCACAACCUCUUACCGUGGCAGCGCCUCAACCACCAUCCCAAAACAGUCGGCAUCACACGCAAGGACUGUUUGGCACGCAACCUGAGGAGAAUGAGAGCCACAUGUGGGUCAUCUCUCUACGACUUCAGCCCCAAUGCCUUCAUCCUCCCCAACGACUACACCCGCUUCCUGACUGAGUACAACAACCUGCGUCUAACUGGAGGACCGUCGGUCUACUGGAUCUGUAAGCCCGUGGAUCUGUCCAGAGGCAGAGGGAUCUUCAUCUUCCAGGAUAUUAAGGACUUGGUGUACGACUGCUCUGUUAUCGUGCAGAGGUAUAUCAGUGACCCUCUGCUGAUCUCUGGCUACAAGUUUGACCUGAGGAUCUACGUGUGCGUUAAGAGCUUUCAUCCGCUGACUGUUUACAUUCACCAGGAAGGGCUGGUGCGUUUCGCCACAGAGAAGUACAACCUGUCGUCUCUGCACAACCUGUACGCCCACCUCACCAACACCAGCAUCAACAAGUUCGGCCCUUUCUACAAAACCGAAAAAGGGCGAGUGGGACAGGGGUGCAAGUGGACCAUGAGCAAGUUCAGGCAUUUUCUCCACAGCCAAGACAUCGACGAGCUUCUUCUGUGGCAGAGAAUCAACAACAUCGUCACUCUGACCCUCCUCACCAUCGCCCCCUCUGUCCCCUCCUGUCCAAACUGUGUGGAGCUGUUUGGCUUCGACAUCCUCAUCGACGUUAAGUUUAAACCCUGGCUUCUGGAGGUCAACUACAGCCCCGCGUUGACUCUGGACUGCCAGGCUGAUAUUACAGUGAAGAAAGGACUGAUUAGUGAUCUGAUUGAUUUGAUGAAUUACACAUGGAUUGACAGCUUGAGAGAGAGAGCUUAUCAGAAGCUCAAGCAGCCUUGUUUCCACACUAACCAGCCCUCACAUGUCCCUGUACCUGAGCUCUCCAGGUUUAAAGAAACUAAAUAUCACAAGAAAACGAGAGGCAUCCAGGCGUCUCAAACUCAGGCGCUCCCUCUGAUAAAAACUCUCUGCCAUUCUAAAAGGAUGAACCAAACACAGUCCAGACAGCAUGCUUUUGUCUCUGACUGCCGCAGACACCUUCCCCCUGUUGACUUAAACAAGAUAAAUGCCACCACGGCUACCAAAACCCGCACCGGCGGGACCCUGAACCUGAUCCUCGGCCCGCAUUCAAGGACAAACGUGUCGGUGGUAAACAGACAGACGUGUCCAGCUCUUGCACCGCGGCUGAUGGAUGACAGGAGUCUUCACGUCUCUGAGGUUACAAACCAUGACGACACUGAAACAGAAGCUGAGGCCGAGCUCUCCGGAGAGACGUACGUUUCCUCCAAGAUACCUGAUAUCCGACAGAGGGGGCUGGGAUUCAGGCGCUCAGCUGUGUCCUGGAAGCUCCCCAACAUUUACAGUGGGAGUCAUGAGCCAGUGAGGACUCCUCUGGAGGGAACCACGGCCCUGAAUGGACAACAUAUCCCUCCACUCAGAGUUGGAGACUUUGUUCGGACGUUCCCGUUUAAUGCAGCGACUCUGAAGGCCUCACAGCACAAACUGAAUGUUAAGAGCGUCGUACAGGAGCUUCACAAGCUGACUGGUCGGCUGGCCUCAGGACAAUCAGACAAGACAAAGUGGAGGAGAGCGGAGGAGGAGGUGAAGAAGGAAACGGAGAGUGAUGAAGACUUUGAUUCGCUGUUCUGGGGGCCAAAGGAUCCUCCACUGCUCAGUCAGCUCUUUAAAUCAACUUAAACCACGUUCAAUACUUUGAAACCUACACCACAAGUUAUUUAUCUGAUCUCAGACCAGGUGAACU